AGAGAAACAGAGCCGCAAGGCAAGAAAUGCAGGAGAGAUGGAGAGGAGGAGCACAGGAAGGAGUGGGGUGACCGACAGUCCUCUUUUCCCUGGACAUGUCCACUUUCCACGUUCUGUCCGGGGGGAUUUUCGAGACUGAUGAAAAUGUCCGGGUUUUUCUAUAGGCCUACAGAGGACCCAUAUGUGUGACAUCAUCCCGAGCUGCUGCUUUGCGAGUGGUUGUUCUGCCUGACAGACGGGACAGGGCGCGGCUGAUGAUGUUUAGAAGAAGCCAAAGCGCAAGUGCAGCUUUUCAGACGAACCGCAAAAGAAAUUUCCCUCGUACCGUCGCGGGACUGGUCAUCUUUCUUAUACAGAUGAGGCUUUAUUUCUGUACCAUUAUUUUAAUUCCAGAGGUUUUUAAGUUGUUGUUUUUGCACUUGUUGGCUUGUAAAAGCCUGUAUGACAUUUUUUUAUUUCACCGUUCAUUAACCGCACAGAGAAGGCAUGGUUUAAAUAUGUUAACAUUUUCUUUAAGUAAACAUUAUUAAAGUUCUUCAUGACUGGGCCAAGUGUCCUCUUUUUUGGAAAUCACAAUAUGGUCACAUUUCAAGAAUAAGAUGUGGACAUACUGGUUCGAACACUACACUGUUGAUGGUGGGGAAAUAUAACAGGGAAAUGUGAGGAAACCGUGGAUCAUGUCUCACAGUAUCAGGUGGAGAGAAGCCCACUGACCCAGAACCUGAAGGUUAGCGGGCCUUGUUCCAGUUUGUAAAAGAGGGUAAAAUGUUUGGGAGGACGGAGGGUUUUGUAGAGGUCGUUCCGGUCCACACCGGCUGGUGGCGGUAAUGCACCGUUUUGUUGUUUGCCAACCGCCAACAACAUUUAGAAGAAGACGAAUCCCUGCUCGCUGUCAGAGCAGGCUGCUGCUUCACUCGCUCCAACAAGCACCGAACCUGCACACGGUGACCGCGCGCUUUGCAACCGAGCCAAACCGAACCGAGCCGAGCGCAACAUGAACGAGUCGGCGGGACUGCGCUUCCGGCGGCUGCACCGCCCGCAGGUGAUCACCGACGAGCUGCCGGAGCAGCGGCGCAAAGGGUCCAGCACCUACAGCGGGAAGAUCUUCCGGGUCACGCUGCUUUCUCUGGGCGUCCUCCUGCUUCUUCCUCUCCUGGUCAUCAUCCUCAUCCUCGAGUCUCCCAUCAAGCCUGAAGUCUUCACGCUGAAAGAACCGCCCAUGAUGAAGGGCUGCUGGGAGCCCAACCUGAAGCUCAGAGAAGCUCAGAGACUGUUUGAGGACCAGCUCGUCGGCCCCGAGUCCAUCGCUAACAUCGGAGAUGUUCUGUUCUCGGGAACAGCUGACGGGAAAAUCGUGAAGCUGGUCGGUCGGAGGAUCCAUAUGGUGACGAGACUCGGGAAGCUGCCGUGUGCAGGUUCCAGAGAGGACGAGCCCAACUGCGGGAGGCCGCUGGGGAUCAGAGUCGGACCCAACGGGACGCUGUUUGUAGCCGAUGCCUACCUGGGUCUGUUCGAGGUCAACCCCACCACUGGUGAGGCGACCAGGUUGGUGAACGGCGGCCAGGUCGUCGCAGGGAGGAAGCUGUCAUUUAUUAACGACGUGGCGGUGACGCAAGAUGGAAAGAAGGUGUACUUCACCGACUCCAGCAGCAGGUGGCAGCGGAGAGACUACAUGCACCUCAUCAUGGAGGCCACGCCCGACGGCCGCGUCCUCGAGUACAACACCGAGACCAAGGAGCUGACGGUGGUGAUGGAGGACAUGCGAUUCCCAAAUGGCAUCCAACUGCUGCCGGACGAGGAGUCGGUGCUGGUGGCGGAGACCACCAUGGCCCGGAUCCGCAGGGUCCACGUGGCCGGGCUGAAUAAAGGCGGGAUGGACACGUUCGUGGACAACCUGCCGGGUUUCCCUGACAACAUCCGCCCGAGCUCCACCGGAGGUUACUGGGUGGCCAUGUCGGCGGUGAGACCGAACCCCGGCUUCUCAAUGCUGGACUUCCUGUCCCAGAGACCCUGGAUCAAAAAGUUCAUAUUCAAGCUCUUCAGCCAGGAUAUCCUGAUGAAGUUUGUUCCCCGGUACAGUUUGGUUGCAGAGCUCCACGACGGUGGCGUGUGCACGCGGAGCUUCCACGACCCCAACGGCCUGGUUGCAGCCUACAUCAGCGAGGUCCACGAGCAUGAUGGGAAUCUGUACCUGGGCUCCUUCCGCUCGCCGUACAUCGCCAAACUCGACCUCAGCAAGGUGUAGAAGAUUCAAAAAGACGACACGCAGACAGACAUUUUUGUGACUUUGAGAUGUUAACACGGCGUUAACCCGUCUCUGCCGGCUUGUUCCGCAAAUUAAAGUUCCAGCCUUGGAAAUAUCCCGAGAAUGACUUCACCCAGCGCCACCUACAGGCUGUCCCAGGAAUUGGGCGGCAUUCCCAUUUGUGGCUAAUCUCUGUUGAUUUUUCCUUUUAAGAUUCAUGCAGCUUUAGAUUUAUCACCGUUUUUGAUAAUUUCUUCCCUUUUCGACGGUAUUUUGUUUGACUGCUAUGUUUAGACUUUUUAUUCAGAACAAAAGUGUCCAGAGAAACGA